AUGUCAAGAAACACAACAGAGACCUCGACUAACCCUCACUCAGCUCUUCUAGGUCUGUUCCUGGGAAGCAUUUCACUGACCACCAUUGUCAUGAAUAUAUUAGUACUAUGCGCUGUGAAAACUGAGAAGAAGCUGCGAACAGUUGGCAAUUUAUACAUUGUCAGCCUCUCUGUUGCAGAUCUUAUAGUUGGCGCAGCUGUUAUGCCCCUGAAUAUUGUUUAUCUCCUAAGUCCUGUGUGGACUCUGGGCUUACCAGCCUGUUUGUUCUGGCUGUCGAUGGAUUACGUGGCCAGCACUGCAUCCAUUUUCAACCUCUUCGUGUUGUGCAUUGACCGCUAUCGUUCCGUUCAGCAACCACUGAAAUAUCUCAAGUACAGAACAAAAAUGAGAGCAUCGCUAGUGAUUUUGGGAGUUUGGUUGCUCUCUUUCACGUGGGUCAUUCCAAUCCUGGGAUGGCACGUCUUUGCUAAUAAUGGGGAAAGGACAGUAAAGGAAAACCAGUGUGAAACUGAAUUCUCUGAAGUCACCUGGUUUAAAGUGUUCACAGCCAUUGUCAACUUCUACCUACCCUCCAUCAUUAUGUUAUGGUUCUACUAUAAAAUAUUCAGAGCUGUUCGAAAACACUGUCAGCACCGAGAGCUCCUCGACAGAUCACAAUGGUCUUUCUCAGAAAAAAACCCCGUACAUCAUAGCAAGACAAAGGAUCAGCAAAAUAUUUGCCUCCAAAAGCAAAUCUUAGAUGAGAACACCCCUCCCAAAGACAAGCAAAGCUCCUCUCAGCCCAAAAAUAAGGAGGCAGAGCUUCCUGUCAGUAAUCCUGACAAGUCUUCAAAGGCAUUCGUUAGCAAGAGUAACAGGAAAGUGCUCAAACUGAGCUGUUUUCCUCUCACCACUGCCCAGUCUGAGCCAGGCCUGGCCGCAGCAGGAAAGCAGCACAUGUGUGUAACAAAAGAUGAGGAAAAUGAAGAGGAGCCUUGCUCCCAAGACAGUGACUUAAGUGACGGGUCAGCCAAGGAUAGUUUUGCAGGGGAGGUACCCUGUACGGAGCACUCCAGUCCUAACCCUGAAGGAGUCCGCAUUCCUCAAGAAAAGACUGUGGACAGGGAUUUUGGAGGACUGACUUACCUGAGGAAAACCUGUCAGAGCCUGCAUGCCCGUUCCAGUAGCUGCAUUCAGGGACCUCACGGACACAGGGAGAGCAAAGCUGCCAAGCAGCUAGGGGUCAUCAUGGCAGCCUUCAUGCUGUGCUGGAUUCCCUAUUUUGUGUUAUUUAUGGUAAUAGCUUUCCAUGGCCAUGAAAGAUUUUCAAAAUUACACAUGUUCACUAUAUGGCUUGGCUAUGUGAACUCCACCCUAAAUCCAUUCUUGUAUCCACUUUGUAACCAGAAUUUCAAGAAGACAUUCAAAAAGAUCCUUCACAUUCACUGA